CUGCUCGCAGAACUGCACCGACCUGCCCGUGGGCUACGCGUGCUGGUGCCGCGCCGGCUACCGCCGCGCCGGCCCGCAGUGCCGCGACGUGGACGAGUGCGCGGAGCUGGCGUGCGAGCACGGCUGCAGGAACACAAUCGGGAGCUUCCAUUGCAAAUGCGAGAAAGGCUACAGACUCAUGGAGGACGGCCUCAGCUGUGCGCCGAUCUCCAAUGAACCAGCAUCCCUUAUCUUCACGAACCGCUACUACAUCCGUCGAGUCACCCUCGACCCCUCACACACCAGCUCACUCCUCAUCCACGAUCUCACCAACGCCGUAGCACUUGAUAUGGAGUGGGAGAAACGGUGUCUCUACUGGAGCGACGUUGCAAGACUUGGCAGCUCGAUCAAGAAGGCUUGCAGCGAGCCGGGACAGAACGCAUCACGAUAUCAGCUCCUCCACGGCGCGACUCUCCAAAACCCCGACGGGUUGGCCGUCGACUGGGUGGCCGGCAACAUAUACUGGUGCGAUAAGGGCACGGACACACUGGAAGUGUCGCGUACGGACGGCGCACACAGACGGGUGCUUUUACGAACGGGAUUGCAGGAACCAAGGGCGUUGGCAUUACAUCCUGCUAGAGGCACCAUCUACUGGUCCGACUGGGGCACCAACGCGCACAUCGGCCGCGCCGGCAUGGACGGCUCCACGCCUUCGAUCAUCAUCAGCGCCGGACUAGGCUGGCCUAAUGCCCUGGUCAUCGCCCACGCUUCGAACGAACUGUACUUCGCUGAUGCGAGAGAGGACUACAUCGCUGUAGCUGAUCUAGACGGGAAGCAUGUCAAAGUGCUGUUCUCUAGAGAUCGCAUGCCCUGGCUCCGUUUACAUCACGUGUUCGCGUUGACCGUAUGGGAAGGUCGCAUUUACUGGAGCGACUGGGAGACCCGGGCGAUAGAGAGCUGCCGCCGGCGACCCAACCCGCACUAUAAGCCGAACGCUACAGAAGACCCUAGUUCGGGCGGGGCCUACGAAUGCAAGACUAUCGCUCACACCGUCCACAAACCUAUGGACUUACGAGUUCACCACCCGGCCAGACAACCGGCUUCACCAGAAUUGACGGCGCUCUGCGCAAAGCUAAACUGCACCGGUCUCUGCCUCCUCACACCGGCCACAAAGGACAGGCCGGUCGGCGCGCGCUGCGAGUGCCCCGAACACUUCGUACUGCAGUCUGAUGGGCGUAGCUGUUCGCCGAACUGUACGAGCGCGCACUUCGUCUGCAACACGACGCUUAAGUGCGUCCCGUUCUGGUGGCGCUGUGACACGCAGGAUGACUGCGGCGACGGAUCCGACGAGCCGGAGUCCUGUCCAUCGUUCCGGUGUUCCCCGGGACAGUUCCAGUGUGGAAAUGGAGGCCGAUGUCUCCAUCCCGCUCUAAUAUGUGACGCCACGCCGCACUGCGCCGACGGGAGCGACGAGAAAGACUGUGACACGUUCACCUGCCUGUCAUCGCAGUUCAAAUGCCAGGGCAACGUGACGGCGGGCGUGUCGGCCCGCUGCGUGUCGGGCGCGGCGCGGUGCGACGGGCAGCGCGACUGCCCCGCCGGCGACGACGAGUUCAACUGCCCGCCGCGCUCGUGCAAGCCCGACCACUUCAUGUGCGGCGACGGGUCGUGCGUGCCGGGCGUGUGGGUGUGCGACGCGGACGCGGACUGCGCGGACGGCUCCGACGAGGGCGCGCACUGCGCCGCGCGCAUGUGCCCGCCGAGGCACUUCCGCUGCGCCUCCGGCCGCUGCAUCCCGAGAGACUGGCAGUGCGACGCCGAGGCGGACUGUCCGCUCCGCGAAGACGAGGCUGACUGCGGCACCGGCGCGCGGCCCGGGUGUGAGGCGACGUACUUCCGGUGCGCGGACGGACGCUGCAUCCCGGGCCGCUGGCGCUGCGACUUCGAGGACGACUGCGGCGAUUUCAGCGACGAGCUGCACUGCGAGCCCCGGAACUGCUCCGAGACCGAGUUCAGCCCCGGAACUGCUCCGAGACCGAGUUCAGGUUGGUCUCUCUUCUUCCGGUGCGCGGACGGACGCUGCAUCCCGGGCCGCUGGCGCUGCGACUUCGAGGACGACUGCGGCGAUUUCAGCGACGAGCUGCACUGCGAGCCCCGGAACUGCUCCGAGACCGAGUUCAGGUUGGUUCUCUUCUUCCGGUGCGCGGACGGACGCUGCAUCCCGGGCCGCUGGCGCUGCGACUUCGAGGACGACUGCGGCGAUUUCAGCGACGAGCUGCACUGCGAGCCCCGGAACUGCUCCGAGACCGAGUUCAGAUGUUCCAACGGCGAGUGCAUACGUGGCGCCCUACGUUGCUCCGGAGCGGCGGAAUGUGCGGACGGUUCCGACGAGACUGGCUGCGCGCCUUUAUGCGCUGCUAGAGCCAGACCGUGCGGCAGACACAAGGACUGUGUGUUACGCGAAUGGUGGUGCGACGGGUCGGUGGACUGCGCGGACGGCUCGGACGAGGAGGCGUGCGCGGCGCCGCCCGCGCCCUCGUGCGGCGCGCGCCUCGCCUGCGCCGGCGCCCCCUGCGCGCCCGCCGCCUGGCGCUGCGACGGCCGCCGGGACUGCGUGGCGGGGGGAGACGAGGAGGGGUGCGAGCGGCACGCCUGUCAGCCGCCGAUGUUCAGAUGCGGCAACGAUUCGUGCCUGCCGUCCGCCCUGCUCUGCGACGGCUACGUCGACUGUCCCGACGGCUCAGACGAGAACUCCAUGAUGUGCAGCAGACGUUCAUCGGAGUCGGUGUGCGACUCGGACGAGCGCAUGUGCGGCGACGGCCGCUGCGUGCCCGCAACCGCAGACUGCGACACCGGCGAAGAAGGCCCGUGCACUUGGCGCUCAUGUUCACAGGUGUGCAUACCGAAGCACGCACACAACCACACUUGCAAAUGCUUGGAAGGCUACAAACAUAGACAAUUGCCGGAUAACACUUGGAGUUGCGAAGCGAUUGGUGAGAAGGCACAAGCAAUAGUGGCUGUCAACGGGUCACUCCGCGCUUGGGAGCUUACGAAGAGAGAAAAGGACUCGCGGGUGCUGUAUAUAGCGGGUGACGAAAGUACCGAAAUAACAUCAAUCACAACUGCCCUUGUUGGUAACUCCUGGCUCGUAUGGUGGUCGGACACUUCAGGAAAACUGUCAACUAUAGACGCCACACACGCGCUGCAAGCGGACUCUAUCACCGUCGUCCGCCCGCCCGUCAGGGUCAUAGUUCAAGAUACGGCUAUUAUACGGGGUGUGACCUUCGACUGGGUGUCUGGACGUCUGUACUACACGGCCGUUACUAAAGGCGGAGACGGCGAGGGAUAUUCGCAUGGCGGUUACGGCGCGGUGUACGUGUGCGCGCCGGACGGCCGGCGGCGCGUCACGCUCAUGCGGCGCAAGAACGCCGAGCCGGACGAUAUCCUCAUACAUAACGCCACCAGAUUUAGUUCUAGCGAGGGAUAUUCGCACGGCGGUUACGGCGCGGUGUACGUGUGCGCGCCGGACGGCCGGCGGCGCGUCACGCUCAUGCGGCGCAAGAACGCCGAGCCGGACGAUAUCCUCAUACAUAACGCCACCAGACAAAUAUUCUGGUCGGACCGCGGCGCCACCCCGGGCAUCAUGGCAGCCGGGCUGGACGGCGCCGACCCGCGCUGGCUCGUCAAGCGCCGCGUCCGGCGUGUGACAGCCCUAGCUCUGUCCACAGACAGACUGUACUUCGUGGACGCGUACUACGACACGCUGGAGAGUGUCAAGUUCGAUGGCAGUGCUAGGGUCGUGUUGGCGACGUUCGCUAAGCGGCCCGCUGGCGCGCCCGCGCUGCAUCUACCUAGCGGUAUAGGCAACUCAACAUACAAGCCCUUCCCGGUGCCCACGGAGUCCUGCGGCCGGCUGGCGGCGUGGGAGGAGUGGCUGUGGUGCGCCGGACGCAGAGGCCUAGCGCGCCUCCCGCGCCGCCCCGCCGCGCCCGCCGUCGCCCCGCGCGCCGCCCUGCCCGUCUCCGCGCUCGCCGUCGUGCACCCGCAACUAUGUAGGGCUGCUGGUGAGUAG